UAUUGUCCUCAGAGCAUCACGUGCUGUGGAAUAUGCUGGCUGCCUUUGUUGUCUCUGCCUGUUCUGCUUUUCUGGCACUUUCAUACAAUGGUGUACUUGAACACUGCAGUGUUAUUAAGCCCUUCAAACUACUACAGUUUGAAUUCAAACUCUCGGGAAAGACUAACAUCCUAAUGUAGGACACAUGGCACAAGAUACAGCAUCAAAGAAAAACAGUAAGAACGGAGAGUGACAACAAAGCAAAGGCAAUGUCCCAAUCAACAGAUACCUCCCAGUGUGGUGGAGUAGUGGUUGAAUUUGAAUCUGAUGACAUCAGGGAUUCAAGAACUACAAAAGCAAAGAAUAUACCAGGUUCAGCUCUUAUCUACCUCAAAGGUCCAAAGUUUCUCAUCUAUGUGAGUGGAGCAUUGUCGAUGUGGGGUGACCGUAUGUGGCACUUUGCAAUAUCUGUGUUCCUCAUUGAGUUGUAUGGCCACAACCUGCUGUUGACUGCGGUGUUCGGAUUGGUGCUGGCAGGGUCAGUGUUGUUGCUCGGGGCUUUAAUUGGAGACUGGGUUGAUCGCAAUCCACGGAAUAAAGUUGCACAUGCAUCUCUUUUUCUGCAGAACACCUCAGUGACUGUAUGUAGUAUAGUGCUCAUGUUGGUGUUCUUGUAUAAGGAACGGAUAGAACAAAUCUGGGAUGGAUGGUUUACUGUGGUUUGUUAUACGGUGGUGAUCAUCCUGGCAGAUGUGGCAAACCUUGCAAGCACAGCGCUGACCAUUGCCAUCCAGAGGGACUGGAUAGUGGUUAUUACAGGCUACAACCGAGGCCACCUGGCUGGAAUGAAUGCAACCAUGAGGAGGAUAGAUCAGGUGUCCAACAUCCUGGCCCCACUGGCAGUAGGGCAGGUCAUGACCUUGGCCUCUAACGUUGUUGGCUGUGGCUUCAUCCUGGCAUGGAACCUCUUUUCACUCAUUGUGGAGUUCUUCUUCUUGUCAAGAGUUUAUCGUAUUGUUCCUGCUCUCUCAGUCAAACCUCCAACCGUUGAGGGUGAUCAGGACUACCUGGAAAGGACAGAAAGGAGAGGUUUGCAAGGGGAAGGAAAUCAUGAACAACCUGAAACUCUGGUAGAGAGUAACUACAGCUCCAGGAUAUGCCUCAAAGGAAUCACCAAUUUUCCACAGUGUUUUCAAAGGUUUCGAUGCCUGUUGAGCACAUGUAAGGAUGGCUGGAGAGCAUAUUAUCGACAACCCGUCUUCCUGGCUGGAAUGGGUUUGGCUUUCCUCUACACUACCGUUCUGGGUUUUGACUGCAUCACUACUGGCUAUGCCUACACUCAGGGCAUAAGCGGCUCACUCCUAAGUCUACUAAUGGGCGUCUCAGCUAUCACAGGGCUGAUGGGCACUGUAUUGUUCACAAGGCUCAGGAAGUCAGUUGGCCUCAUAAAUACAGGCAUCAUCUCCAGCUGCCUCCACCUGGGUUGCUUGUUGCUCUGUGUGUGCUCUGUGUUUGCUCCUGGCAGCCCUAUGGAUCUUAGUUUGCUGAUGCCCUACUUUAGCUCUGGUUCCUAUGCUGAGCCUGGAGGGAUGGCAAACAUAAGGCAAAAACACACCUAUCCUCUGACUGGAGGGAACAAUCAGCCUUUACUUCCUGAUCGCUCCUCAAUUCACUGGACCAACAACACCGUCCUGUUUGACAACGACCCUUCUGGAACAGCGCCUGACUCUUAUGUUUCCAUCAUUCUGCUAUUCCUGGGCGUUAUAACUGCACGUAUUGGUUUGUGGUGCUUUGACCUGACUGUGACCCAGCUUUUGCAGGAGACCAUCUGUGAGUCAGAACGAGGAGUAGUAAAUGGGGUGCAGAGCUCUAUGAAUUACCUAAUGGACCUGCUUCACUUCAUCAUGGUGAUUUCUGCUCCACAACCUCAACACUUUGGCAUCCUUGUUAUCAUUUCUGUUAUAUUCAUCAGUACUGGGCACAGUAUGUAUUUUGUGUAUGCACAUAGAGCCAAGAGAAAACACCACCUCGAAAGAUAAAAAGAAAACACAGCUUAUGUAUGAGCGCUGAAUCCUAUCUGCACCUGGGAAAUGAAUGCCUCCCUCCUGAUCCGUUACUGCAACACUCUGCUCCUGACUUGGCCAUUCACUUUAGCACUACAGACUUGAUUUUCAGUGUGCAACAGAAGCAACAACAACCUAUGUGAACAACAGGAGACAAGUUAUGGGAUAUUCUCCACAACCUAAGAUGUCUGCAAUAAAUAAUGCAGUAAUGCAUCUAAAAAAUGUGUGCAAAAUGACAUACAGGAGGACACCACACUAAUGACUAAGGCAUUAGUGUAUUUGUGCAAACAUUGCAGAGUUGCCGCAGCUGUAAGACUUUCAGGCAUGUCUGCUACCUUAUAUGGCUUUAUAGAUGGAGGAGGGGAACGGUGAUGUUUUUAUGGCCCUCAGUUAGUGGAACAGAAUGAGGAAAACCACUUAAAACCACUUCUUAUGAAGAGAAGGAAGGGAAAGGUACUCUGACAAGUGGCAUUGAUGUUACUGAUCCGUCCACUUGGAAAUAUUCCAGGAUGUCCGAAAAGGAACAUAAAGGGAACUGGUUGUUAGAUUGUUUUAUUAAAGAAUAAAAAGGAAGCCUCCCCUUUUAGUGGACAUAGUGAAUGGACAAAAGCAUUUCCUUCACCUGGUUUGUUUCUCUGUGGAUGAAUCAAGCAAACAUUGUUGCUCUUUUUCAUAUUUGUCCACAUUACAACCAGAUAUGACACAAAUCAGUAUGUAAUUAGAAUAUGGAAAAAAUAACAAAAUAGACUUUUUUAUUUUCUUUCAUUUAUAAUUAAAUAUCUGAAAAGUGUGGAUUGCAGUUGUAGUGAAAUCUCUGGAUUACCUUUUUUUUUUUUAGAUAAAACUUAUGCUACAGUCACAGCUGAAAAUCUUUUGUGUAUUUUAUAUCAGUUUUGCACUCAAAGAACCUGGAAUUUAUAUUUUCUUUUUUGCAAAACUUUGUCACACUAGACAGACACCAUCUAUAAACAUUUCUUUUGGUCUUACCAUUGAUUCUUUCCUGAAUAUAAGUCUGAAAUGUGGAACAUUCUUGAGAAGUUUAAAGCCCUAUAUAUUGUUUUCUAACCAAGCACUGCUUUAAAUUUCUCCACGUGUUCCUGAGCUAAAUGUUCGAUUCUUUUGCCAUUAUGUCAUUUCUUCAUCUAUCUUCCCCAACAACAUUCUCACAUGGGUUUCUAAUUUUGUGACAACUUAAGACAAUAGUUGGGAUUUAUUUGGGGGUAUCACAGUUUUACAGGGUCUGAAUAUAAAUGCAUUCCACUAUUUUCAGAUAUUAUUAUUUAGUUUGUUAAAAAAACAUCAAUUAUUUUCUUUUUAAAUUUAUGAUCAUUCACUAUUUUUAACUGCCAAUGAUAUAAGAUCAUAAAUACAUUAAAACUUGUGGUGGUAAUUUGACAAACUAUAGAAAAUGUAGGAAUACUAUCACAUAAAUAUAGAGCUUUGUGAAUGUAGAUAGGUUUAAUGUUUCCUUAAUUACUGCCCUUGUUUUUUUUUAUUUUUACGGCACUAGUGGCUCGUUUUUAUGGACAGUAGGCUGACAGGAAAGGGGGUAUGAGAGAGUGGGAGAGACAUGCAGGAAAGGACCACAGGUCGACCCGCGUCAAGGACUAAGGGCUCCAUACAUGGGUUGUGUGCACUAACCACUGCGCCACCAAAGCACGCCCCAUUACUGCCCUAGUUAAGAGUGAGAUUGAAAGCUUUGUGGAAAGCAAAGAGUAAACCAAUCCUAAAAUAUGUGGGUAGUUAUAACAGCAGUAAAUUAUCACUGCUAUUGUAGUUCUGUUUUAAUUUUUGCUUCAUUGUUUUGUAGUUCUGAUGAACUCAACUGUUACCUCAGCAAGAAACAAGAAUGCAUUAUAAAAUGUUCUCUCAUCUACUUAAUGUUUUCAUAUUUUCCUUAUGUAGAGUAGACCUAUCAACCAUGUUUAAUUCAUCAGUUAAACAAGUACCAUAUCGCACUAUAUUGUAUAUUUUCCCUGUGCAAUUUCUGUAUGUUGUCCUUACCUUAAAGCCUCAGUAAUGAUAAAGAUGACUUAAGUCUA